AUGCCCGGUGGCGGUCCGCCCAAGGACAAGGAUGACAAGAAGAAGGAACAAAAGCCCAAGUACGAACCCCCCGUAGCAACUCGCGUCGGCAAAAAGAAGAAGCGUGGACCCGACCCCACCACCAAACUCCCCGCCGUCUUCCCCAACAACCGAUGCAAACUCAAGCUCCUCAAGAUGGAGCGUAUCAAGGACUACCUCCUCCUCGAGGAAGAGUUCGUCACCAACCAGGAGCGUUUGAAGCCGCAGGAUGACAAGAGUCAGGAGGAGCGUAACAAGGUUGAUGAUAUGCGGGGGUCGCCUAUGGGCGUUGGUACGCUUGAGGAGAUUAUCGAUGAUGACCAUGCGAUUGUUUCGAGUUCGAGUGGGCCGGAGUACUACGUCUCUAUCAUGUCGUUUGUUGACAAGGACCUCCUCGAGCCUGGGUGUUCCGUCCUCUUGCACCACAAGGCUGUCGCCAUCGUCGGUGUUUUGGGUGACGACGUCGACCCGAUGGUCUCCGUCAUGAAGCUCGACAAGGCACCGACAGAGUCCUACGCAGACAUCGGUGGUCUCGAAUCGCAAAUCCAGGAAAUUAAGGAGUCUGUCGAACUACCGCUCACUCACCCCGAACUGUACGAAGAGAUGGGUAUCAAGCCACCAAAGGGUGUCAUUCUCUACGGUGUUCCCGGAACCGGAAAGACCCUGCUGGCAAAAGCCGUCGCCAAUCAAACGUCCGCGACAUUCUUGCGUAUCGUCGGUUCAGAAUUGAUCCAGAAAUACCUCGGUGACGGUCCCAAGAUGGUUCGUCAGCUCUUCCAAGUCGCCGAAGAGCAUGCCCCCUCCAUCGUUUUCAUUGACGAAGUCGACGCCAUCGGUGCGAAGCGUUACGAUUCCAACAGUGGAGGUGAACGUGAAAUACAGAGAACAAUGUUGGAGUUGCUCAACCAAUUGGACGGUUUCGACUCGCGCGGAGACGUCAAGGUCAUCAUGGCUACUAACCGUAUCAACGAUCUUGACCCCGCUCUCAUCCGUCCUGGCCGUAUCGACCGUAAAAUCCUCUUCGAAGCCCCCGACACCUCCACUCGCCGCAAGAUCUUCCAGAUCCACACCGGAAAGAUGACACUCGGCGAUGAUGUCGACUUGGAGGAAUUCAUCACGGCCAAGGACGACAUGUCUGGUGCGGAUGUCAAGGCGUUGUGUACGGAAGCUGGUUUGCGCGCGUUGAGAGAACGCAGAAUGAGGGUCGUUGCGGAAGAUUUCAGACAAGCGAGGGAGCAGAUAUUGAAGACGAAGCAAGAGGAGAUCGAGGGUGGGCUUUACUUGUAA